GGAUUAUCAAGUUGACAUUGUAUCUACAAAUUAAUGAAGAAUGAUGAUAGUGUUUGUGAUACUGAUCUACUUCAAUGGCCUCCUUGUUAGCUCUGAGGGCAACUACCUUCCUUUCCUAAACCCUACUGACUAUUCAAUACUGAAUGGCUAUGAUGAUUAUGCAAUAAAUGUGUCAUUUCCCUCACUAAUAAGAUUCGGAUCAUCAUGCUAUACUGAUGCAUGGAUAAGUACUAAUGGAUUGAUUAGCUUGGGAACUAGAUACACAAAUCAUGAUCCAAAUCUCUUCCCUAUUUCUAUUCCAGUCAUUGCUCCAUAUUGGGAUGACAGUGACUUAACUGGAAGAGGUGAAGUACGUUAUGCUGUUAUAACUCCAGCAACUAAUCUUUCAUUGUGCAAUCAAGUCAAUGAUUACUUAUCUACUUCAACUGGUAGCAGUGUAUCUGUUGAAUGGAUACUGUGGGCCUACUGGUAUGAUGUAUGUCCAUAUGGUAAUUAUAAUUGCAGGAGUAUUGAGUCCAAUCAUUUCCAGGUUGUAUUAGCUUUUCAAAGUAAUGCCACAUAUGCUGUAUUUAUAUACAAGUAUGGACUCAUACGAUGGACAAGGAAUGAGGCUGGUGUUGGUAUCAAUAGUGGUGAUGGGUACUAUAUCAAUCAUCCAUUAUCUAACACUGAUGAUGUUAUUAACAUAGACUGUAAUAAUGUAGUAUCAAGAUGGAAUAAUGUUGUAUACAGAUUAGAUCAAGGGCAGCACCAAGUUAUAGACAAAUUUGAAUUCCUAUCCAUUACAUCUCACAGUAUUACAGUAUCAUGGGAACUAAGUAUACCAGCUAUUAGCAGUACACUUAUUCUGAGUGUUACUGAUGAUCAACAAACAGUUAAUGAUAAAAUCAAUGUAGCUGGAUAUGAUAGCCAUACAUACAGUUAUAGUAAAGAUGAUUAUCUUUGCAAUGUAUAUACAUUCAAACUGACACUACCAGCAACAACAAAAGGAUGCAACAAUGACAAUAAACUUUUAUCUACAGCAAUGACUCCAAUACCUCAAAAUAUUUCUGCAUUAUACCUCUUUCAAGAAACUUUAAUAAUAAAAUUAAAGAUGAAUUGGUGCCAUAAAAAUGAAAUAUAUAUAGAGCUACUCUUGUCUGUAAAUAAGACUUUUAAUGUAUCAAAGUCCUUGCACAUUAAUAAUCUUCAUCAAUUUUACACUACCAAAUGGAAUAUAAAACUGAACAGACACUCUCUAUAUUACUUAACAGUAACAGCAAUUGGUAUGUAUAAAACUAAUACUUCUAAUGCAACAGAAAUAAGUAUGCAUAAUGUAAGGGAUAUAAUAAUAAAGAGGAACGAAGACAUUUCCUGUUUUAUUUGUGUGACUGAAAUUUUCAAUAACUGUCAAGUAUUGGUAGCAUCAGCCAGAACAACACUGAUACCAUAAUCAACACAAACUAAUGGAACAUGUUACUCAUUUACUGAUAAUGGAACAUACACUGUAUAUGCACAUGAUAUUGAGAAUGGACUAAUAAUACUGACACCAGCAGUAGUUAUACAAUAUACAGUGGACUGGAUUGAACCAUCAGGCACAGGUUAGCCAUUAAAAAUGCAAUUAUAUUACUAUUCUAGAAGUGAGGGACCAAUCACACAUAACUCUAAUCCUUGGAAGCUAUCUUGGAUUCUCAGCAUUUGCAAAUCUCAUUUUACUCAUAGCAAUGGCAGUACUACUAAGAAACAAAUGUAAGAGAAUGUAAGGUACAAAACUAAAAAUACUUUUCCCUAUUGACUAUAAAGGUAGAAAAAAGCCUCAAAGCUCUGUACCUCAUAAUCCAAAACCUGUCAAAACUGAAGUAAAUUCAGCAUAUGAAAUGAUGCAAAGGAGAAGCAAUGAAAUACAAACAAGCAACGAAAUACAAAUAUCUCAAAAUGAUACUACUAAUGUUGAUGAUGCUCGUGUAUCCCCAAUAUAUGAUGCUAUACCACAAGAAAUCCCACCUGAGCCAGAAUCAACAACUACACAUGAAAUACCAAGCUCCAAUGUGAAUCAGAACAUUUAACAAACACACAAUGUGUCAUAAUUUUUAAGCAUUUUGCCUUUUAGCAAUGCUAAUAUUGUUUCUUAAUCUCA